AUGGACCUGCUUCCUGCCCAGGAAGCGGCGCGCAUCUACCACACAAACUACGUGAGGAACUCCCGGGCCAUCGGCGCCUUGUGGGCCGUGUUUACCACGUGCUUUGUCAUCAUCACGGUGGUGGUGUUCAUCCAGCCCUUUUGGAUUGGCGACAGCGUCAACACGCCGCAGGCGGGCUACUUCGGCCUCUUCCAUUACUGCAUUGGCAACGCGCUCACCUCGGAACUCGUCUGCAAGGGCAGCCUACUGGAUUUCGGUUCCAUCCCGUCGCCUGCCUUCCGCACCGCCAUGUUCUUCGUGGCCACUUCCAUGCUGCUGGUGGUGGGCACCAUGGUCUGCUUCAGCCUCUUCUUCUUCUGCAACGCGGGUAGCGUCUACAAAAUAUGCGCCUGGAUGCAACUGGCCUCAGCUGUUUUGAUGGUGAUGGGGUGCAUGAUCUAUCCUGACGGCUGGGAUGCCCCUGAGGUGAAGAGGAUGUGUGGCCAGCGGACCGACAAGUACAGCCUGGGGAACUGCACGGUGCGCUGGGCCUACAUAUUGGCCAUCAUCAGCAUCCUAGACGCUCUCCUGCUGGCCCUUCUCUCUUUCACACUGGGCAGCAGGCAGGACAAACUGCUGCCAGAAGAUUUUGAGCUGGAUGGUGCAGGUAGGUAG